AUGGACACAGCUAUUGAUUUGUCCGAUGCAUCCAAGGCACUGGACCUUGCCAACAUCCGCUUCCAGCUUAUUCGACUAGAGGACACAAUCACCUUUCAUUUGAUCGAACGAGUCCAAUUCCCCCUCAACAAGACCAUCUAUGUUCCCGGCGGAGUCAAAAUUCCUUCCAGCGAGCUUAGUCUCGCCGACUACCUCCUCCGCGAACAAGAACGCCUGCAAUCGCGUGUGCGUCGCUACGAGUCUCCUGACGAAUACCCCUUUUUCCCUGAUGUGCUCGAGAAGCCGAUUCUGCAACCACUGCAGUACCCGCGCAUCCUGCACCCCAACGAUGUGAACGUCAAUGACGUGAUCAAGCAGCGCUACAUCGACGAGAUUCUACCCGCUGUGUGCCCGAAGUUCGGUCGGGAAGACCGUGGCGAGACCCAGGAGAACUACGGGUCGGCGGCGACGUGCGAUGUUGCUUGUUUGCAGGCGCUGUCGCGCCGAAUUCACUUUGGCAAGUUUGUUGCUGAGUCGAAGUUCCGGAAAGACCCCGAGACUUUUGUGCGUUUGAUCAAGGCUGAGGAUCGGGAGGGCAUUGAUGCUGCAAUUACAGAUGCAAAGGUUGAGCGGAAGGUUCUGGAGCGUUUGGGUCUGAAGGCUAAGACUUAUGGCACUGAUCCUGCAUUUCCUGAGGAGAAGGGUCUGAAGAUCAACAUCGAUGCUGUGGUCGCAAUGUACAAGGAAUGCGUCAUCCCUCUGACCAAGGUUGUCGAGGUCGAAUAUCUUAUGCAGCGCCUCAAGGGUACCCAAUGGGAGUAA